AUGGUCCAGAAUGUUGUGAUCUUGGGCGCUGGCUACGCCGGCCUCGGCAUUGCGCACAAGCUUCUCAAAUACACCCAGCCCAAGGUCAAGGACCUCAAGGUCACCCUCGUCUCGCCGUCGACGCACUUGUACUGGAACUGCGCCGCCGUGCGGGCCAUCAUCCCCGGCGAGUUCUCCGAUGACACCCUCUUCAACCAGAUCAAGCCCGGCUUUGAAAAGUACCCCCAGGACGCCUUCGAGUUCGUCCUCGGAAAGGCUACGGCCUUUGACCCCGCCACCAACACGGUCCAGGUCGAGACCAACGAGGGAUUGAAGUCGAUUGAGUACGCUCACCUCAUCAUCGCCACCGGCUCUGGACUCGCCAGCGGCCUUCCGUUCAAGACCAUUGGCUCUCACGAGGAGACCGUCACUGCUCUGCACAACCUUCAAUCCGAGGUCAAGGCCGCCAACUCCAUCAUCAUCUCCGGCGCCGGAACUACGGGCGUCGAGACAGCAGGCGAGCUCGGCCACGCCUACGGCUCCACAAAGCAAAUCACCCUCAUCGUCGAGGGCGAGGCGCCGCUUCCUGGCCUUCUGCCGCAGCUCGGCAAGAUCGCCGCCAAGAACCUGCAGCAGCUCAAGGUGAAGCUCGUCACCAACGCCCGCGUUACCGAGGCCGACACGUCCGGCGCGCUCAAGUCGGUCAAGCUGUCCAAUGGCGAGACCUUGACCGCGGACGUCUACCUUCCCCUCUUUGGUGUCCGGCCCAACACCACCUUUGUCCCGGAGCACCUCCUCGACGACAAGGGCAACGUCAAGCUCAAGCACGACCUGCGCGUUGAGGGCCUGCUCAACGUCUGGGGUGUCGGCGACGUCGGCAACCUCGAGGCCAAGCAGCUCAUGCGCGCCGAAGGCCAGGCGCUGCACCUCGCCGACAACCUCGACGCUAUCCUCACGGGCAACGAGGCCAAGGUCAAGGACCUCAAGCUCACGCUGAAGCCCCAGGUUUUCGUCACCAUUGGCAAGAAGAAGGCGACCGGUCAGUUCAACACGAUGAAGCUACCCGGCUUCAUCGUAAGCGCCGCCAAGGCCAAGACCUUUUUCACAGAAAAGGGUCCCGGCUUGGUUGCGGGCAAGAACAUUGCAAGGGCGUCGAUUUGA